CGGAACAUGUAAACAAAAUAAUCCGUCAAGUCACAAAAAGGUCUUGAAAGUUUACGCUUGUACAGUUGAAACCAUUUUUAUUCUCCUAAAUUGCGUAUUAGUGUUGUUGUUUUUCAUAAAUUGUCUAAACGUGGCAUUGGUUUCUCGUGUGCUGACAAGGUCACGUGUUCUAUCUCAGGUCGCCUUUACUGUACUACACGCUGACUAGCAUGUUUGUAGCAUGUGGAUGAAUACUUCUCAAAGAUGGUUCACCUUUGCAGAAUUUGCCUCCGUAAAUAUGGAAACUUUGUGGACAACCUCCGACUGUAUGUCCGCGGAGGGACUGGCGGCAUGGGCUUGCCCCGUCUUGGUGGCCAGGGAGGAAAAGGUGGUAACGUUUGGGUGGUAGCCACAAAAAAUAUGACCUUGAAAGGGAUCAAGGACAAGUACCCACAAAAACGCUUUGCUGCCGAUGCAGGAGCCAACAGCAGUGUGCGUUCCAUAAAAGGAGAAAAAGGGAAGGACCGAGAGAUUUUGGUUCCUGUAGGAAUCACAGUCACCACUGACGAUGGCAGCGUCCUUGGUGAACUGAACGCGGAGGGCGAUCGUGUGCUGGUGGCAAAAGGAGGACGCGGAGGUGUCCUUUCUUCUGCCUUCCUGCCCAGUAAAGGCCAGUCUAGACCGAUAAGACUGGACCUCAAACUCAUCGCUGACAUGGGCCUGCUGGGGUUCCCGAACGCAGGCAAGUCUUCACUGCUGACAGCCUUAUCGAACGCCACUCCAGAGAUAGCCAGCUACCCUUUCACUACAUUGAGACCCCAGAUUGGUAAACUAUUGUAUGAAGACCACAUGCAGAUCUCUGUCGCAGACCUGCCGGGCUUGAUUGAAGGCGCUCACAUGAACAAAGGGAUGGGACACAAAUUUCUCAAGCAUGUGGAGAGAACCAAGCAGCUGCUCUUUGUGGUGGACAUUUGCGGCUUCCAGCUCGCAAGUAAAACGCCAUUCAGGUCGGCUUUUGAGGCUGUGCAGCUACUAAACAAGGAGCUGGAGUUGUACAAGGAGGAGCUCUUGAGCAAACCUGCUCUUCUGGUGGUCAACAAGAUGGACCUGCCAGAUGCAGAAAACAAGCUAGAAGAACUGAGAGAGCAACUUCUCAAUCCGCUAGAUUUCCUCCAUACGUUGCCUGAUAACAUGAUACCGAAGAAUCACAUAGUGUUCAGGCACGUGGUGCCUGUCUCCGCUGCCACCGGGUUUGGUGUGGACUCCUUGAAAAGUUUCAUCCGGGAGUCACUUGAAGAAGAAGCCUCAAAGGCCACAGAGGAGAUGCGUCAGGAAAGACUGCAGCUUCUUAGAGGAACCUCGCAGUAAGCGACAUCACAAACAUGGAACACUCGUUUGCGCAAUGCAAUGGAAUUCAACAUCUACGCUAUGAUACAGUAUGUUUUAAAGGUAUUUGUGGGGUAAUUCUUUGUACAUAUAAUGGCUUACUAAUAAAAUAUUCGAUAAAUGAACAAAAUCUGCCUUUACAAAACUAUUAAUGAUUUCCUAACCAUCAGCAAGACAAUACUAUGUGUGUACUUUGUUGUCAGGGUUAUUGGGUUUAAAGCAGUAGACAACGCCUAGUAUGAAUGACCUUUCUGUGAAACAAAGUUGCGCCAAAUUGCACAUUUUUUAGACCUCUGAUAACACUGGUCCAAGGGAUAAAAGUAGUGAGACUUUACAAAAUUUGUGUCACUAUCACGAAAGAAAAAUGAGGUCAAAAGAGUCAAUUGGCUAUAGUUUUUGAGAUACAGAAUCUGGCCAAAAUAUAAAAAUCCAAGCAAUUUCGGUGAAAUUUAUUGCAUGAAUCCUGGUGUUUUGGCAAUGGAGAAAAUGUAUUUAUUUAGAAACAUUUCAUAAGCAGUGGCACACAUUGAUAUAUCAAUCUCAUGUCAAAUGUAGCAACUUGUAAAACUGAUUUAUAUAAUUUCACCAAUGUAACUUUGUAAUAAAUAAGUGCUGCAACGAUUAAUCGAUUAACUCGAGUAUUCGAAUAGAAAAAAAAUAUUCAAAUUAAAUUUUGUUUCUUCGAGUAUUCGUUUAAUUAAAGUGGUGCUGUAAUGGUUUAUUUGGAAGGUGUUUGCAUUUAGUUUUACUGAUUUGGGGGGAUAUAUUGCCCUCUUGUCUGCCUCUUUUCACAUGGCUGAAUCCAACCGCUCCCUGUUAAGACCAACGUAAGCUAAGUUUUUUUUUUUGAGCUAAUGUUAUUUAAUGCAUUCAUAAUUUGUUUUAUAGGUAUAUUUAGCCGUUUCUUGUGGGAAUAUGUGUCUCAACCAUUUGUUAAGAGUAGGGUUGUUCCGAUCAUGUUUUUUUGCUCCCGAUCCGAUCCCGAUCGUGUUAGUUUGAGUAUCUGCCGAUCCCGAUAUUUCCCGAUCCGAUUGCUUUUUUUUGCUCCCGAUUCAAUUCUAAUCAUUCCCGAU